UAUUUUGCUUCUCCUGCUGUAGAAGAGGAAGAAGCGUGGAAAACGUUGACCUCCGUGUGUCCUCCGCAGCCUCCAAGUCCUGUUUGUCUUCCGAGUCAUGUAGCUUCCUAUGCAAAUAUGGCUAAUUUUGAUUGGCGAGAGAAGGCGGGAUGGAUAGACGAAAGCGGGAAGAGAAGAGGCUUGCUUCCGUCUUUUGUCGUCUUGUAACCGGGUGCCUAUUGAGAGAUCGCAUUAAUAUACUAUCGGAGACCAGCGCAGGUAAUGCCAUUCAUUUCCUAAAUGCCUGCUUACAGCAGUAGUGUAUGAAAGAGAACAAAUUGAAACUGAAUACAAGCAAGAAGGAGGUACUCAUGGUAGGACCCAGAAUUUGAGGGAUGAGUUAGAUCUUCCUGGAGUUACAUCCCCGCAGAAGGAGCAGAAACCUAAGGAAGAACAUGGAAGCACUGCUGAACCCUAGACACUCUGCCAAGUUUAUAGCAGAAAACAGCAAAGAUGUGUUCAUUGAAGAAGAUGGAGUACGAAAAGUUUCAGAGAUGUUGUUUGAUAAAGUCUUGGAGAAAGAGUUUAGUGUGGCUGGUUGGAAGUCUUCUCAUGAACUAAACCCUCAAGCAGUGAGUGAAGAUGCAGUGAAUUGGGUGUUUCUCGCUGAUGCACUCAAUUUUUCCUUUUGGUCCGAACGCGAAGACCAGAAAUGUUUGGUGAAGUAUAAAGGCAAAACAUACAGCGGUUACUGGACUCUUUGUGCUGCCAUCAACAGAGCACUUGAUGAAGGAAUACCCAUUACGAGUGCUGCUUACUAUGCCACCAUGACCCUGGACCAGGUGAAGCAUGCAUUUCGCUCAGAUACUGAAGUUCCUAUGCCUUUGAUUGAAGAGCGGCAUCGGGUGCUGAAUGAGACGGGGACAGUCCUCCUGGAGAAAUUUGGAGGCUCUUUUCUCACAUGCGUAAAGAAAAGUGGAAAAAGUGCCCAGAAAUUGCUACAGAUAAUAGUGGAGAACUUCCCAUCAUUCAGAGAUGAAGCUAUAUUUCAGGGUAAAAAGGUGGCUUUUUACAAACGCGCACAGAUCCUUAUAGCUGAUACCUGGAGUGUAUUAGAGGGAAAAGGAGAUGGCCAGUUCAGUGACAUUUCCAGUGUGACUAUAUUUGCCGAUUAUAGAAUACCGCAGGUCCUUGUUCACUUGGGAGCAAUGAAAUAUUCUGAUGAACUAAUGAAAACUCUUAAGGAAGGGCACAUGCUCCAGUCUGGAGACAAGCAGGAGGUAGAGAUCCGAGGCUGCUCUAUUUGGUGCUGUGAGCUCAUUUGCAAUCACUUGCUAGACCUUUAUAAAAAGAAAGAGGAAAACAUGAGUGAGAAGAUCAAUGCAGUUCUUCUUGAUUAUUAUCUCUGGGACUACGCUCGGGAUCAUCGGGAAGACAUGAAAGGAAUUCCCUUUCACCGUGUACGUUGCAUUUACUAUUAGUAUCAUUUUGUGAAUGAUACUUGUCACAUAUCAGUAAUAUAAAUACUGUUUUUUUUCUGUAUACAAAUUUGAAACUUGCAAACAAUAAUUUGCGAGCCUUCUAAUUUUUCUUUCAGAUACUGUUCUUUUAAUAGCUCUUAUAUCUCCUUUAUAUCACAGAAAAGGCAUUUUCCUGUAAUGUUAUAGUUUUGAAUACUGAUCUUUGUUUGUAUGAUUAGUUUAUUUCAAGCUGUACUGUUUCUCUAAUUAGUAAACUCAAGUUGAUGUUUGCUUUCAGGCAAAUUGUUUUUUGUAUUCAAUUAAAAAAAUUCAGAUUUCUCA